GCGAUCGGUUAACCUCGGCGUUUCCCGUGCGGAACUCCUCUCGUUUGUCCCAUGGCCUAAAAUGACGAGCCGCACUGCGAGUAAGAGCGUGGCCAUCGCCGAUGGUCCAAAGUACCGUGAGCAGCGUCCGGCAGCGCUGGAGGAGGAGCGAUCAGAGACUCACUCUGCAUGGAUGACGACCGAGCAGGAUGCGGAGUCCCUGAAAAGCUGGCCUUCUCCCUCAGGGGAAGAGGUUGAUGCCUUUGACGUGGUGGAGCUGAGUUGCAGCACCACUCACUGCUUUGCACGAACAGCUGGUGGCCAUAUCUACGGUUGGGGAUCCAACUCCUACGGCGAGCUGGGCUUUGCAGAUGACUCACAGAGCUACUUCUGGGUGCCCAAGGAGCUGAUGAUUCCUGGGAAGAACAUCAAACAGGUGUGCUGUGGACAAGAGUUUACCUUGGCCAUCACCUUCACUGGAGAAAUCUGGUCCUGGGGCAAGGGCUCAGAAGGUCAACUAGGCCUGGGGCAUUGCCGAGAUGAAGGACAGCCGUGUCGCAUUGGACUGGAGAACGUCCUCAGCUGCGCCGCCGGGGAGCAGCACAGCGCUGCCAUCGCGGAAUCCACGGAUGGAAGAGUUCUCUACACCUGGGGCAUGGCCGACAGUGGCAUGUUGGGUCUGGGUGGCUUCAUUACCUGUGGGCCGUGCAGCAUGCCCACGCAGGUGGAGUUUGACUUCGGCAAGAACAUGUAUCCCACCACGGUGAGAUGUGGCCCCAGCCACACCGGGGUGAUUUGCAACUCCACUGCAGUGGUCAAGACCAGAAGAGAGGCCGAAGAGGACAAUGCUCUCUAUACCUUUGGAAAUGGCUGGUAUGGGAGGUUGGGCCUGGGCGAUACCAAGUCGCAGUUCCAUCCGAUGCGGGUGAAGCUGCCCAAAUCGCUGCGAGACGUGUCGCUGGGCACCGACCACACUGCGGCGAUCACUUGGGCGCAUGAGCUCUAUGCCUGGGGGAAGGCCUCCUUGCUUGGAGAAGUGCAACAUGUUCUGAAUCCCAAGAAGUUCUCCAUCGAGGGAAGCUCUGAGUUUCGGAACGUGGUCUGUGGAGGAAAUGAGACGUUCGUGAUCGACCAGCAGGGCCGCUUAUUCGCCUGGGGUGCCAAUCAAUGUGGGCAACUGGGCAUAGGGCAGCAAGCUGGAAGCUUCGUUCAGACCGCCAGCCAUGUGAAGCCGAUUCACGACCCCGUCGCCUCGGUGGUCUCGGGAGACACCUUCACCAUCGCCCGACUGGUGAAUGGUGAUGUCUUAGCCUGGGGAAGCCAGAGUUGUGGCCGUUUGGGCCUGGUCGAAGUGAAGGAGGAGCGCAUCUGCUGGGACCCCUCCCUGGUCGUGGCCACCUGGUCAACCGCUGCCGCGGUCUCUGCUAAGAAGACAGGGCGCAAAAAUCGCAAAUCGAUGGGAAGCGUACGUACCGACACCACAGAUGCUGAGGAAGUGCCUCAGGCAAAGCAGACAGCUGGCAAAGACAAGACUGCCAAUGUUGUUAGCUUUGUGAUGCUCCAAACCGUGCUGCAGCAAGAAAGCAAUGAUCACAGCAGUGCUGAACUGAAGCGUUAUGCCGAACAACUGGAGCAGACUGCGAAAGAGAUCGUUUGGGAUAUCCAGAAGCUCAAGAAAGAAGAGGAGCCCUUGCUGAAGCUGGAAGCCCAGCUCAGUGACUCCUUGAAGAUGAAUCUUCGUUGGUUUCGCGGCCUGGUGGUGCCCGACGCUUCCACGACCUUGUUGGAUGCACGACUUCCGCACCACUUGGCGACCUAUGCACGAAUGUGUUGGAUCCUGCAGCAGCAGACCACUUAUCUGACUCAGCUCUCGCAGUACCUUCAUGGCUUUGAGGCAGACAUUUUCUUGGAGACGGUUGAUGCCCUCUUUGGGGACGUCAACGACGAGCGGCAGCUGCAUCUCUUCAACUCCUUACAGACUCGAAUGAUUGCCAAGGAGGCAGAGAAUGCAGGCGGAUCCCCUGAGAAGUUCAUGGACAAGAGAGACUCCAUUGGCUUUAUGGUCUUCUCGCGACGUUUCUUGCGACAGGCCUUCGCCAAGGACGUCUUGUGGCCCUUCCUGGGCUCCAAGGAUUCCAUUCUCGAACUGGUCGGCUCCAUUUCCAGCUCUGCGAAUAGCACUGGAUUCUGCUUGAGCUAUGCUGACUUCAAGGAGAAGCUGGGCGCAGAUGGCAGAGGCAAAGAUGAGGUGGAGUUGAACAACCUGUACUCCGGGAGUUUGAAGGCCUUCCGAGACUUCCUGACUGGAGGUUUUCUGGACAUCAUCCGCAAGAUCCAGUUGCCCAGAUCCAUGCAACUAGCUUUGCGUCAAGUGGCUCUGGCCUCCCAGAGAUGGAAAGACUCAAGCCUUCUUGCAGAUAUUGAGAAGGAGCAAAGGCCGUACCAGCCAGCUUUAAGACUGUUUUGCUACGGCAUCAUCGAGCCCAUCAUGCGCGAUGGAGCUCAAUAUGCAGUGCCUGCGAACUUCCUGAAGAAGAGUGCCGCGGAUUACAAGCCAGAUGAUCCGCAAAUAGCAUCAAACUUUGAUUGCAUCGCUGACUUCUUGGACAAGAUGCUGUCAAAUACCAUUGAUCCAAAAGAGAAGGCGCUGAUUUCUGCUGCCCGGUUGAUCAAAGAGGAGCUGCUGGCAUAUGUGCGCCGCCAGAGCGAGGUAGAGGAUACCACUGGCCCAGACAUCCUGGGAGCCACACUCCAGAGCCACUAUUCGCGGGAGAAGAGCUUUGUGACCAUGUCGCAGGCCCACAUCAUGAAGCUCUCAAACCUGCUGCUGGAAUGGAGCAACAAGCUGCGAAUCAAAGAGCACGACCAAUUGGACGCGUGUGUGAAGAGCAUACCUGAAUGGAACAAAGAGACGAUUACGAUCAGUGAGAGGUAUGAAGUGCGGCUGAACUUCGAAAUCAACACCCGCUUUAUGAUCACAGAAGAGGAGAUCCGCCUUUGUAAGCAAUCAAUGUGCCCCUUGCCCGAAUGGGCAUGCAGUGCGAAUGCUUCUCAUCGACUUGUGUACAUAGAAGAGGAAGCCACUGGCAAUGACCAAGGUGCUUUCUUCGAGUCUUUGUUUCAACGUUUGGGUCCCCUUGAGAGCAAGAACUUUGCGACUCUGCGUUUGGAGCUGAUGGAGCGUCGGCAGCAGCUGGCGUCCGGUGGCUCUGAUGAAGAAGGCUAUUUGCAGAUGAUCAACGACCUGGACACUGCGGUCCAGCAGAUCACCGAGCUCAUGGACGUGGGCGCCGAGCCGCGGCAGCUCUUGGACCUGCUGGUGGAACGGGUCAGGGUUCGGCAGCGGCAGUUCCGAUAUCUUGAAAUGACUGACAGUCACUUGAAGUCCAUCUUGGAGCGGCAAGGCGAAUACAAGAAGGACCUCAAGCUGCAGAUGACCGAGCUGAAAGAUGCUGUAGAUUUCUCGCUCAGCAUGAAGUUGCCCCAAACGCUGCAGCAGGCUUGCCAUGACUUUGGAGUGACGUCUUCUUUCCAAAUCAUCCAGAAGAAGAUGGAAUUUGUGCCAACACUCAUGGCCACAAAGGAUAUGGCUGAGAUUGGCUGCUCCUACAUUCCAAUGGCCACCUAUCCUGUGGCCAAACUCAAGAAGAUGAAGGUUCUGGUGGAGGUGUGUCCUCCACACAACGCGCUGCAGAGACACUGCUGCAACAUCAGUUCUUAGUGAUCCACCCGUCAGCCCGGGGAGAGGUCGAAGCAAGCACGACGACGAAAACGACUGUGCCCCAGAAAAAACACGAAGAAACGUGUCCCGGACCUAGAGUGGCAGGGUUUUCUUCAUUUGGGAUCAAUGUAAACAAGUGCAUCGCUAGUAGUAACAAGUGCCUUACUAGUAGUAA